AUGGGCGAGGCGGAUCGGCACAUUUACCCAUCGCUUCGGGGAAUGGCCGUUGCUCGCCUUGGGGGAGUUGCGUCAACCACGAGCCUCGCGCGCUGGACAGGAACAGCGCGAAGCGACGAGGGUCUCUUGGGCCGUGACAGCCCAGCCCGACGGAGUGAGGAAAGACUUUCGGCAGAUGCCCUGCAAGACAGGCAAAACGAGGGAAACCUGCACCGCACUGACACUCACACUUAUACUCACACUUACACUCACGCCUACACCUUCACAAUGAAGUUCAACAGUCUCUUCACCUUAGCCCAGCUCCCCUUCGUCCUCGGCUGCGCCACGCACAUCCCGCGGCAAGGCGCGCCGCCAAUUGACCUUGGCAGCGACGCGGCUGCCGACGCCGCGACGACGGGCUACUUCAUCAACCACGUGUCGCUCAACGUGCGCAACCUGACGGCGAGCCUCGCCUUUUACCAGGCAGCGCUCGGGCUGCGGCACAUAAUCACGGUGCGCGCCACGCCGCGGCUGUCGGUGGCGUACCUGGGCCACGCGCACGGCGGGCGCAACGGCACGCGGCUACCAGACGGGCGCGCGAGCUGCUGCGCGACAAGAACAACGCGCAGGGCACUCGUCGAGAUGCUCUUCCUCGACGUGCCGCGCCGCGGCAUCGCGUCCCCCAGCGAGCACACCAACGCCGUCGGCCACCUCGGCGUCGUCGUGCCCGACGUCGUCGCCGCCCAGGCCCGCCUCGAGGAACAAGGCGUCCGCCUCCUUAAGCGCGUCGGCGAGGACACCCCGACCACGGGACCGCUGGCCAUCUCCCAGGGCUUCGCGCCCGACGUGUACAGGCAGGUGCCGCCUGGGGAGCAGAGGGCGAUUGAGGCCGUGCUGAAUGAGAUGAAUCGGCGCUUCAUCUAUGCGCAGGAUCCAGAUGGCAAUAUUCUGGAAAUUCAGCCGCAGGACUAG